GACCGAAGCAACUCGGCAGGUUGUGUGUCAUUUUCUGACUCGCCGUUUCUCUCACUCAGACGAAGUUUCCUUCUCAAUCAAAUCGGCGCCAAAGCUCAUCCCUGAAAGCCCUUUAUUUUAAUCAUCUCUCUCUCUCUCUAUAUAUAUAUAUUCGGUUUCUUCUGCUACUCGCCUGUACCUUUUCCUUCUUUCUUUCUUUUUAUAAUUCGUAUUUUUGUAUAAAAAAAAGAUUAAAAUUAGAUGUGAUCCAGAGAGGAAAAGGAAAGAGACUGACGAAUUGGGACGCAGUAUCGGUGACGGUGUUGUGUUGUGCUCAAUUUGGGUACCAAUAUAAUCGCCGUCGCGGUUGUCAUCAUCUUCCAUUUCCACUUGCUUAGUAUCAGUGGCAAGCGAUUCCAAUCAAAAGAUCAAAAGGACCAUCCAUAUUUGUAUUUUAUAUUAAUUUAUUAAGCCAUUGUCCCAAACUCCAAGUGUUCGUUCAUAAUUGGGCUUCUUGGAUUUCCCAAUUCAAUACAGAUUCCUUCAACUUCCUCCCAUUUCAAGGGCUUUAUUUUGUUUCCUUGAUCGCCGAUAAUAUUAUCUAAAUGGCGGCCGUUGGUGACGGAGAUGCUGAUGCUGUCCUUAGUGAUGUUGAGGAUGAUGACAAUCCCGUGCCAAUUACGAUCCGGAGUCCGGCUCCGGAAGAUGUCUCUGCUGACAGAGUUAGGGAGCUUCUCGUGGAGCUCGAUCGGGAGCGCCAAGCUCGCCAGACGGCCGAGAAUUCUAAAUCCGAAUUGCAAGUUUCCUUCAAUCGGUUGAAGGCGCUUGCUCACGAGGCUAUCAAGAAACGCGAUGAGUUCGGGAGGCAGAGAGAUGAGGCUUUGCUUGAAAUAGAAGAUGCUAAGAAUUCGAAAGACAAGCUUUUGAUGGAAUUGGCUGAGGCGAACAGAGUGAAGAAUGAGCUGUCGAUUCAGAGAGAUGAGAUUGCCAAGCAAUUCGAUGAAUUGGUGAAGGAGAGAGACGCUCUUCGAUCGGAAAUUGGAAAUUCUACCCAGAUGUUAGUGAAUGGGAUGGACAAAAUAUCUGCGAAGGUCAGUAUUUUCAAAAAUUUUGCUGGUAAUGGGUUAGCCAGAUCGCAGAAAUACACGGGUUUGGCAGCUGUAGCGUAUGGAGUAAUUAUGCGAGCUAAUGAAAUUGUUGAAGAGCUUGUUAAACAGAUUGAGUCAACUGCUAAAUCUAGGAAUAAGACAAGAGAGCAGAUGGAGCAGAGGAAUUAUGAGAUUGCCAUUGAGGUUUCUCAGCUGGAAGCAACAAUUAGUCAAUUAAGGGAAGAGGUCACAGAGAAAACUUCUAUCGUUGAGAAUUUGGAGAGAACGCUAGCCGAGAAGGAUGAAAAGGUAAAUGAAGCAGUAGAGUUGAAACAGAUUGUCAUUGAUUACGAUGACAAGUUGAGUAAGUUAGAGACAACCAUGGAAUUACAGAGGACUUUAUUGAUCGAUCAGUUGAGUUCUGUCUCUAAAAUUCAUAACCAGACUUACCAUGUUAUUAAGAUCAUUGAUGCAAAUCAUUCUGAAGUGUCGGAAUCCUUGUUUCUUCCUCAAGUAACAGACAAUGAUGGACUUAUACGCGCCUCCUUGGCAGGGAUGGAAUCUAUAUAUGAAUUGAUUAGGAUUGUUGCCGAGAAAGCUAAGGAUGUGUUUGAAAAUAAGAAUAAUGAAAUCAGGACUUUGGAAGAUACAGCUACUCGAUUAGUUAGGGAGAAAGAUCAAAUUGGUUCUUUACUUAGAAGUGCUUUGUCGAAGAGGAUAACAUCUGAUCCAUCUUCCAGAAAAAAUGAGUUGUUCCUAGCUGCAGAAAAUGGUUUGAGGGAGGCUGGGAUAGAUUUCAAAUUUAGUAAGCUUCUUGGAGACGGAAGGGAUGCAGCUUCAAACGACAAGGCAAAUGUAACGGAAAAAGAAGAGGAUGACAUAUGCUCUUUGGCUGCUGCUUUGGAGAACGUUGUUAAGGCCUCUCAGCUUGAGAUUAUUGAUCUGCAGCAUGCUAGAGAUGAAUUAAGGACAGAGUUGAGUUUACUUAAGCAGCACGUCGAAGAUCAGGCCAAAGAGCUGAACCUUAGAAUGCAACGAAUAGAAGAACUUGAAGAGAAGGAGAAAGUUGCAAAUGAAAGUGUUGAGGGGUUAAUGAUUGACAUUGCUUCUGCUGAAGAAGAAAUUAAUAGAUGGAAGGUGGCAGCAGAGCAAGAAGCUGGCGCAGGAAGAGCUGUUGAACAAGAAUUUGCCACACAGCUGUCAGCAGUUAAGCAGGAACUUGAGGAGGCAAAGCAAUCCAUGCUGGAAUCGGAGAAAAAACUAAAAUUCAAAGAAGAGACGACAACUGCUGCAAUGGCAGCAAGGGAUGCAGCAGAGAAAUCUUUGAGGCUGGCAGACUUGAGGGCAUCACGGCUAAGGGAAAGAGUGGAGGAGCUUACACGUCAGCUCGAAGAGUUCGAGAGCAGGGAAGACUCAAGGAGCCGAAGUAGGCCUAGAUAUGUGUGCUGGCCAUGGCAGUGGCUUGGCAUGGACUUUGUAGGACCUCAUCGGCCUGAUGCACAACAAUUACAGGCUUCAAAUGAGAUGGAGCUCUCUGAACCUUUCUUAUAAUUGCACCAUUUGUUCUGCUUUUCUUAUUGUGAUUUCUUCAUUUUCACAUUUACCGAAAAUGUAGCUUGUAGCACCAAUCUCUUGAACAAUCUCUUUGGUGGAGCAAUGGUGGUAUUAAUGGGCCACCAUUAUACUGUACAGCCCGAGUAUCUGCUGGUUUUGACCUACCA